GGUAAAAUAAAGUGCUUGCAUGUAACAUCCAUGCAUUGACAUCUCCGUUUAAGUAUAAAAUCAUAGUAUAGUGAUGAUAAUGUCUAUACCCGAAUGAAGUCGCCAAUGUUUACUAUAAAAGCUCGAGGAAGAGGAGGGGUCAACAGGCUACUUCGAUGAGGGCCUCUGAUAUUGUCUUGAAGAAGAAUUGAGAGUCAAGAUUGGUCUGCAUGUUUUUUGUAAUGCCCGCAUAUUGGAGGAAAAAAUUGGGGUUCUAGUUGAUCAUCAAGGAAAUCAAAUGCUUCUAGAGUUAGAAGCAUAUCUCCAUUGCAGAAAUACCAAACAGGUUUGCUUAUAAUCCCGUGUGUACCAUGUAAUUGGCUUACACCACCUUCAGAAAUGUCAACAAAUGAUAGCUGGAAAGUACUGAGCGAUUGGCGUGGGCUAAAUUUAGCUGCUGAUGGUGCCCAACUGAAGCAGGAAAAAAAAAGGGCAAAGAGGCUUUGAAUGAAAAGGAUGGCGUUUAAAAGAAGCACUAGGUAGUGAUCAUUCAUGCAUGAGCAAGGCUACAAAGAUGAUUGGUCGAACGAAUGAAUAAAAAGAUUAAAAGAACAAAUUCAUGCCUUCCGCCUUUGAUACUAUAUAUAAUAUUAUAAAAAAUAUUGAAAGGUGUAGAUGUAGGUUGGGUUGAUGGUUUAAGGCAGUCACACUGUGUGGGUAUCGGGAGUCGUUAAGAGUAUUCUUUUAGGUGAUCGGAGAAGUCUAAGCACAGUUUUUGUAAUAAAGGGUCUUUUGCCUUAUCUGAUUGAGAGGAGAGAUUUUUAUAGAGAGUUUGGAGUCUGAUGUAAGCCCCAUUGAGUAAAGACCUUACCAUCUAAGCUUCAGUAGUAGGGUAGCCGUCAGUUACGUUGACUUCAGUUGACCAGUUGGGAUAGAGCUUUGCUCUAAGGAGUUGGUGCUGAGAAGUAAUGAGAGGACGAGUGUUGAUCAUCCAAGGGUUUCCUUGAGAGGUGAGUUUUCCUCUAUUAAGUCACUUCAUUGAAGUGGGCACACAAAUGGAGGUUGCUUAACAAUCGUCUCCCAUCAGAGGACGAGGUCAUAAAGCGGCUUACUCUGAUGGAAAGGUCAAUGUGAAUUUUGGCGAGGAAAGUAGCAAAGUGACAUUUGGUUUUUCUUUAUUUGACUCGUUUUCUUUGUUUCUUGUCGUCAUGAUAUUAUUGUCUAACACGUCAUCCCUUAAUUAGUGGGGUUUAUAUUGUGUGAUGAACUCAUGCGUCUAUUUCAUCGGUUCAUAGGUUACUUUCCGGCUCAAAUAACUAUAAGUAGUGGUUUUAAACUGUACGAUUUUCUUUUUCCCGUUUUCUUCUACUUUUGCGUUUUGCUGUCAAUCAUCCGCUUCUAGAUUGUUACCUUUAUUAAUUUCUACCAUGUUGAACAGAGAGCAGUGAGAAAAAGAAAAAGAUGAGGUAGUUUUUUUUUUCUCUCUCAUAAGCAACGCUGAUUGUUAAUGCAGGGUUUGGGGGUUGGUUGUUUAAGGCGGUUCACACUCUGUGGGUGCUGGCAGUGGUUUAAGAGUAUUUCUUAGGUGCUUGACCAAGUACAAACAAAGGUUGUGUAGUAGAGUCUUGUAUCUUCUUUGAUGGAGAGGAACUGCUUUUAUAAAAAGAGUUUGGAGCCUGUUGUGGGCUCUAUUGAGUAAACAUCCUAUCGCAUAAGAUUCAGGAUUAGACAGAUUAAAUCAAUUUGUAUUUUCAUAGAUUGUUUGGGCUUUUGAAGCGAUAAUAUACUGUAUAUAGCUUACAGGGUGCUUGCAUAUGCAAUCAUUUGUAUCUAUUUUUGGCAGUUCUAUUCACCUUAAUCCUAAAACCUAAUAUAUAUUGUGGAGACUCGUACAACACUCUCGGCCCAGUCCCACAGCUAGUCUUUGGAAGAAAACCAAUGUCUCUCAAGACCAUAACUAUCCUUAAUCGUUUAUCCAUUCAGCCAAAACCUCUCGGACACCCUCAAAACACCCAAGCUAUAGUCGAUCAAAUUAAACAAUGUUCCAAGUUGUACCAACUAGAAAUGAUAUAUGCCACUAUGGUUAAAGCAAAUGCGAACCAAGACUGUUUCUUGUCCAACCAGUUCGUCACUGCAUGCUCCUCUUUUUGCCGCGUGGAUUACGCGAUUUUAGCCUUUACCGAAAUGGAAAAACCCAAUGUUUUUGUCUAUAAUGCAUUAAUCAAAGCUCUUGUUCAUUGUCAUCAUCCCUUCUCAGCUUUAGAUUAUUACAAACAUAUGCUCAGAGCUCGAGUUUGGCCCACAAGUUUCACGUUUUCUUCCUUAGUUAAGGCUUGUUGUUUGGUUUCUGAAUUUGGUUUUGGAGAAAGUGUUCAUGGCCAUGUUUGGAAACAUGGGUUUAAGUCACAUGUCUUUGUUCAAACUGCUUUGAUCGAUUUUUAUGCGAAUGUUGGGAAAAUUAUUGAAUCGAAAAGGGUGUUUGAUGAAAUGCCUGAAAGAGAUGUUUUUGCAUGGACAACGAUGAUUUCUGGUUUCCUGAAGGCAGGGGAUUUGGGUUCUUCGAGGAGAUUGUUUGAUGAGACGCCUGAAAGGAGUACCGCCACAUGGAAUGCUAUGAUUGAUGGAUAUGGAACAGUAGGGGAUGUAGCGUCAGCUGAGUUAUUGUUUAAUCAAAUGCCUGUAAAGGAUACAAUCUCUUGGACAACAAUGAUCAACUGUUAUUCUCAGAACAAGCAAUAUGCAGAAGCAUUAGUUCUUUUCGAGGAAAUGAGAAGAUAUAAGGUUAGUCCAGAUGAAGUAACCAUGGCAAGUGUUAUCUCAGCUUGUGCUCACCUUGGAGCACUUGAUACAGGGAAAGAGAUACAUGAUUAUUUAAUACUAAACUUUUUUGAUCUUGAUGUGUAUAUGGGAUCUGCGUUAAUCGACAUGUAUGCUAAAUGUGGGAGUUUAGAAAGGUCACUUUUGGUGUUCUUUAAAUUAAGAGAGAAAAAUCUGUUUUGUUGGAAUUCAGUAAUUGAAGGGCUGGCAGUUCAUGGUUAUGCAGUUGAAGCACUGGCAAUGUUUGACAGGAUGGAGAGGCAGCAUGUCAAACCGAAUAGGGUUACUUUUGUUAGCGUUCUUACUGCCUGCACACAUGCAGGAUUAGUUGAAGUAGGCCGUCAGAGGUUUUUAAGCAUGACUCGUGAUUAUUCAAUCCUGCCUGGAGUUGAACACUUUGGAUGUAUGGUUGAUCUUUUGAGCAAAGCUGGGUUGCUUGAAGAUGCUCUAUUCUUGAUAAGGAGCAUGAAGUUGGAACCAAAUUCUGUUAUUUGGGGUGCACUGUUAGGUGGGUGUAAACUUCAUAAGAAUUUGGAAAUUGCUCAGGUUGCCGUGGAUGAACUGAUGGUUUUAGAGCCAUACAACAGUGGCUAUUAUACUCUUUUAGUUAACAUGUAUGCUGAAGUUAAUCGAUGGGGCCAGGUCGCUAAGAUCAGGCAAAUGAUGAGAGAAUUAGGUGUAGAAAAGAGAUGUCCUGGGUCUAGUUGGAUUGAAAUGGAGAAUGAAAUUCAUCAAUUUUCUGCAUCUGAUAAGUCUCACCUUGCUUCAGAUGAGAUCUACUCGAUUCUGACUGAAUUAGAUGUGCAACUGAAGCGAGCUGGCUAUUUACCUGCACUUGGGUCUUUACCAUAGAAGUUUAGUCUUCAUAAGAGGAAACAGCAUCAAAAACCAACCGCAGAUUGUGAAAGUUCACGCAGCCGGCAGGGCAUGUGAUUGAUGCUUUGCAGGGAAAGGCUCUGGAUAGAGCUCUAGUGAAGCAAAAGCAAGCAAGCACGAAUUCGAUGCAGUUGGAACUUGGAAGGCUUGUGCAUUGGAUGACUAAGUGCAGCACCUCUGUCCAAACUCAGGAAUGAAAUUCUUCUAACAGACGAAACAUAGGCCAAAUUCCUUUUAAGGGGAAGGUAAUCUGGUUAAGAAGGGAGAAAAACUUGCAUCUUGCUGUUGUUAAUUAAUGCUUUUAUAAAAUCCAGUGAUGUAAAAUUCCAUCAGGCCUCAAACAAUGUAUGAUGAUAGAGAAGAAUAAAAGAUCAAAUAUACCGCUGAAAUGGGGUUUUAUCUCAUGGUUCUAAGACUAGGAAAUAGAAAGAAUGGAUUGUUAUCCACCCUAUCUAAUGGGAAUCAAACCUAGCCCUUACUUACAAACUCUUAGAAGUAAAACACGUUUCAACACGGCAAAGAUUUAUUCGAGUUUAAGUUUGGAUAUGUUCCCGUUAUUAGUUUGAUUGUAAUGAUCGAAUUUGAUUAUAAUUAUUCGAAUAUUGUAUUAUUUGUGAGAAAA